UGAAGAAGUCGGCAGUCUUCACUCCACUGCAAUGACAACCCGAAUCGCGCUCUGUUUUUCACUACAUUCGAAGAACAAUACAAUCAGCCUUUCCAUACCUGACCUGAGGAAAGUUCUGCCCAGCUUUUUUCUGAAGAUGUAUAGCGCGUGACGUCACUGUGGUCACUGUUUGUGUGAUGUUACCAUUUACCCGAUAGGACAAAUCUGUCUGCUGAGAUUUAUUUUAAAUGUGCAAUGAUAAAGAUGGUGGAGGCGGUAGUGAUUGUGCCGUGUGUACAGUGCGAUAGUUGCGUCGUUGUUUUGUAGUGCAAUGAUAAAAGUCUGUGUAUGUGGAUUAUUAGAUAAGAAGAUCUCGAGGAUAGCGCCCCUCGCCCUAGCUCUCGCCGCAACACCUGCGUAGUCCUUAGUAAGGACUCUUCGACGAGAAACAAGACAAGAUUACUAUACAAUAAUACCACGGGAUCUGUUUACUGCCUCUUACCCCAGUCAGUUCGCGCAGAGCUUACCCAAAAGCGUGCAACCCUUCUUUUCCGCCAACACCUGCCACAACGCGAACGAGCCGAUCCAGCAGAAAAGCACGACGUGACCGUUUACAUCCGCGUGCAGUUUAGCGUGCUGUAUAUGUUGUCCCGAACAUCAGUCAAUCAGUGGUGAGAACGCAUCAGUCUGCGACCUUUCAACGCUCUUUGUGUUUCAUCCAGAAGGUAUAACCACCUUUACUUCGUUUGAAUCUUCUCCUACGGCAAGACAACAUACACGCCGCUACAGAAAACGUUACCUUAACAAGAACGCCACCGUACCAACAACAAGAUGAACGGUAAUCUUCAUAACGAUUCAGUGUGUAUUCUUGACGCAGGCGCUCAGUAUGGCAAGGUCAUCGAUCGGCGAGUGCGUGAACUUAACGUCGAAUCAAUCAUUAUUCCUCUUAACACGCCAGCCAGUGAAAUCGUGAAAUCAAAGUACAAAGGUAUUAUUAUUUCUGGUGGUCCUGGGUCGGUGUAUGCCCCUGACGCACCCUCAUAUGAUCCCGCGAUCUUCCGUUGCGGACUUCCCGUGUUAGGUAUCUGUUAUGGCAUGCAGCUACUUAACAAGGAGUUUGGCGGUACUGUUACCCCGAAGGACAAUCGAGAGGACGGACAGUUUACCAUCAAUGUCGACACCACAUCAGCCAUUUUUAAGGGUUUGACCGGCCAAGAAGAAGCUCUAUUGACACAUGGCGACUCUGUGUCAAAGCCCGCCGAAGGCUUCACGGUAACAGCAACCUCCGGUGAUACUGUAGCAGCUAUUUGUUCAGAGCAGCGCAGAAUCUAUGGCGUGCAGUUUCAUCCGGAGGUGGACCUUACACCUAAUGGAAAAAAGAUUUUCCGCAAUUUUCUUUAUGAUGUGUGCAACUGCAUCGGCUCCUUCACGUUGGCCAGUAGAGAACAUGAGUGCAUUGAAUAUAUUCGAAACACUGUCGGCUUAUCUAAGGUUCUAAACCUUGUUUCCGGAGGAGUGGAUUCAACCGUGUGUGCUGCCCUGCUGCGUCGGGCUUUACCGGAAUCACAGAUCAUUGCAUUGCAUAUCGACAAUGGAUUUAUGCGCAAAGAUGAAAGCGUGCAGGUUGCUGCAUCUUUAGAACAGAUUGGCUUGAAACUUAAAGUUAUUGAUGCUUCGGCCCGAUUCUAUAACGGCACUACCGAACUGCCCAUUGAUCGGACAAACCCUGCAAAAGGCAAACGCAAGACAAAAAUCUUAGGUCACACAGUCCUGCCGGAGGAGAAGCGAAAGAUAAUCGGUGAUACAUUCAUGAAGGUCGCGGACGAAGUCGUUGCCGAACUUAAGCUCAACCCAGACGACGUCUUUCUUGGACAAGGAACACUACGGCCUGAUUUGAUUGAAAGCGCGAGCUCGCUCGCUUCGGGAUCGGCGGACGCCAUCAAAACGCAUCACAACGAUACAGAACUCGUGCGUAUGCUGCGUGAGAAGGGACGCGUGGUUGAGCCCCUCAAAGAUUUCCACAAGGACGAAGUGCGUGCUUUAGGUCGAGACCUUGGAUUACCUGAGGAGCUGCUAAUGAGGCAUCCCUUCCCAGGUCCCGGACUUGCUGUUCGUGUCAUCUGUGCCGAAGAAUCAUACAUGGAGAAGGACUUCGGCGAAACUCACAUUCUCUGCAAAAUUAUCUGCGAUUAUGCACAUGCGUCACAAAAAAAGCACUCACUUGUACAUAAGGUGGAAAACGCAUGUACCAAGGAAGAACUCACGUUCCUCACAGAAAUAUCCCAGCGGCAACCAAUGCAUCCCGUAUUAUUACCCAUCAAAAGUGUCGGUGUACAAGGAGACAAAAGGACAUAUUCAUACGUGUUAGGCUUGUCGCCUGUUGAUGGAAAGGUGCCCGAAGACUGGACGAUGCUUAUGAGGUUUGCCAAGUUACUGCCGAAGAUUACCCAUAAUGUGAACCGUGUCGUGUUCAUCUUUGGUGAGCCCGUCUCUCAACCCGUACACGAAAUUACUCCAACAUACCUAACACCCAAUGUCUUGCAGACGUUAAGGCAAGCAGAUUACGUUGCUCAAGGUACAUUGGCUCGACAUGGUAUGACAAAGAGACUUUCACAAAUGCCUGUGAUUAUUGUACCGAUUCAUUUUAAUUGCGAUUCUCGUCAGACGCCGUGCCAACGCUCGAUUGUUGUACGAACUUUUAUCACAGAGGAUUUCAUGACUGGAGUUCCCGCUCAACCUAACAAGCACAUACCAUUGCGAGUCAUCCAGGAAAUGGUUGAGCAGAUUGAACGCGUCAAUGGCGUGUCUCGAGUGUUGUAUGACCUCACGCCAAAACCUCCUGGUACCACCGAGUGGGAGUAGGCAACUAAGUAACGAUAAAUAGCUACCCAAAAUACAAGUGAGGAUAAAACUGGAAUAAUUCGAGCCACCUAAAACCGAAAAAAAAAACUUGUUUUUGAGCAAGUGACGUGUGUUGGUCAAGAUGUUUUCCUUAUCAGUCGUAAAGAGGUCAAAAUGACAGGCAACAACAAAAGUCAGUUGGCAUUUGGCUUAGAGUUGGUAAAGUGUUAAUUGACUUGUCUCAUCUUUCUUGUGUCCCAAGACUUUGGAAGUUGUCCUAUAAAAGUUUACCUGCCUUAUUAGUUAGUUCUUUCAAAAUUCUGUUGAGCCUGUUCUUUAGGUUUGCGUGGACCUAUACGUCUGCAGUAGUACGCUUCAGAGGUAGAAGUAUUCCUUCCUAAGUCAUUAGAUAAUAUGUUGAAUUCCUAUCUCUUCACUAACAAUCUAACAUUCAGCCAAAAUUAUGUAACUUUAUGUAAUAACUUAUCCGUAUUUUGUCUUCUCUGCAUGUUUCGCUACGCGCUUGAUCCAGCCUUAUAUUGUACUUUAUACUAUGAUUAUAAUACAUAGUUUAUGAAUUCAUGUGUUUCGGUCGAUCGAUGAUGCUAUUGUGAAGCGUAUAUUACCUGAAUUUAAGCAAUGGCAUAAACUGACGGAAGGACGCUUUACACCAAUAUAGCAACUAUAUACUAAUGGUAUGUGGCGCUCGACUGUGUGUGGCGCAACGGUUCCUGUUCUGUCGAGGUCACAUUUAGGUCAUCGCAAACAACAACUGAUAGUAAAUAGAAAUUUGGCCGAACGUGUAAACUGGGUCAACGAAGCUGACGUUGAAUGUUUACGUACUUCAAGCUGCCAGAUUAAACGUAGUCAUCGGAUGAUGACAACCAAUUAUAGCUAUAAAAUAAAAUAUAAUACUAAGAAAAGCUGAACACAUUGAGAACAAGCCAUACGCUAAAAAUAGGGACAUCUAUGUUAACAUAUGAUGAUGACAAACAAGCAUCAAAUAUUGAGUGACUAAUGGGGUAAUAAUUAAAACUAGAAGCAUAACAGAACACUGAAAAAUAACAGCUGCAUAGAAUGAGGUAGCGAAAAACUGAUGUAGACAGAAGAGAGAAGAAAUGGAAGGAGAAGGGAACGACGAACGACGAUGAAAAAGCUGGUCGCCAAAGGUCACGUACCAAAAGCAUGUUAAUAAUAUUACGAUCUUACCAUUCAUAUUGUGACUUUAAUAUCAUUAUUCCUAUGCCUAUUGUUUUUCGCUAACAGCAAUGCAGAGCUGAUGGCGAGUAGCAGUAAACCAAAUAUACAGACAAUUAAAUCUACACGUAAACAGACAAGUAAAAGACUUAGUAAAAAUCUACUUUAGUAAAUACGACAAAAUAGAAACGAGUUACAGUAAACAGUAGAGAGAAAAACGAAAAUUAUAUGGUAUAAGAAGUCACUGUUAAUAAUGUAAACGUCGUACAACUACUUCUUACAAGAGCGCAAACAUUAGAAUCAGCAAAGGAAGAUAAAAAAAAGGUGGCCAGGGGAAAACAAACGGUCGGUUGGGACGGUGGAAUGGCAGAGACCCCACAUGACAGUGAUGAUGCAUUUGAUGAUAAUAAUGAUGAUAGAGAUAACUGAAGGUGGUGAAUUGGUGAGGUGAGGCACUGGUGCCGCGUCGGUCGAAGUGUCACAUUAAGAAAAGCACAGCAACAAAUAGACAAACCAACUCAUAAAUACACAGAAGAGGGAAACGGAGAAGAGCAAGCGACGACCAAUAGAGUUAAGCGAAGUUGAAUAAUGAUAAGCAAAGACGAAUUACGUAGUUAUAGAGAAAGGGUGAAUCAGCUAAGAAAAGGACAGCUACAUAAGGAGACUGUAACUAGUUUUGUUAUUACACUGUUUGAUGAGAAUGUAAUAAUACUAAUAAUAAAGAAGCAUGCCCGAAUGUAGAAGAAGUAGAGCAAGAAAGAGAGAUACAAAAUGAUCGAAUCUAUAAGAAACUUGUCGAAAGACUUGCGAGUUAUGGGUGAUCACGGGUUACAUGAGUAAGUAUAAUUCUAAUGACAGCAGUGUGGGCGAAUAUAGGAGAUGAAAAGCAAAUAUCAUUGCUGUAGAAAUUUAAAAAAUCCUUGGAGAAACUUUUUCAAUGCAGCACGGGUUUGGAUGAAUGCCUUAUGAAUGAAAGGCAGAUAACACAUAAAACAUAAGAAGAAAGAAAUAAUCGUUAGUUGGGUGGGAUAGGAAGGGCACUUUGUUUUAUUAAAUUUAAAAAAGAGACAAAUAAAAUUAAAAAGUUAUGUCUAUAUUAAUUUUA